AUGGAGUAUGUGUUGCUGAAUGCUACGUCAGUCUCCCCGACUGUUUUGUUCGGGGCGGGUGCAUGCUGUUGUGUCGCCGCUGCAAGUUACUUUCUCAACCGAUGGCCAGGGCUUCUCUGGAAUACGCGUCCAACUUUCAGAAGUCCUCCACGCAACAUUGCACACCGCGGAGGACAGGCAGAGCGCGCCGAGAAUACGGUCUUGUCUUUUACAUAUGCUGUCAAUGAGUGCAAGUGCAGAAUGGUUGAGCUGGAUGUGUGGAUGACCAAAGAUAAACAGCUAGUCGUUGCGCACGACGAUGACAUCAAGCGCAUCACUGGAAAAGACGUUUUGAUAAGCGAAACCAAUUACGCAGACCUGCCUCCGGUUCUGGGCUCAGACCGUCUCAAGGACAGCCCUAUGGAGUUCGUACCCGAGUUCAAGUCUUUUCAAAAAGACUUCCCUCCGCAGCCGAUUCCUCUGUUGGAGGAGGUUUUCGCUGCACUGCCCGACACGAUCAUAAACGUAGAUAUUAAGGCGGAAGGUGAUCCAGAGAGUGUACGCAAGACGUUGGAUCUCGUGCGGAAAUACAAUCGUGUAAAUAAAACAGUGUACGGAUCAUUUGACCAAGCGACUCUCGAUCUUAUCAGAGCAAUGGAGAAGGACGCGAUUAUUUCGAUCGGCCCGCGUCGUGCGAAGCUUCUCGUUUUUGCAUAUUACACAGGGUUGAUGCCAUUCGUCCCCAUCUGGGAACAAGCGUGGGAGUUCCCUGUUUGCAGAUAUUAUUUCUUCUCGUGGCUAGGCAAGUCAAGUGGGAAGUGGGAGCGGAGACUUCCUCGGUUCCUGCACGGUAUGGUGCAGCGACUCUGUCAUCUGUAUGCGUGGUUGUCAUUCAAGCUGUUAACCAAUCCAAGCUUUGUUGCAGCUUUGAAACGGCGUGGCGUCGUUGCCUUCGGAUGGGUCACAAACACUGCCGAAGAAUUCAGCGACGGCUUCUACAGAGUCGGGUGCGAUGGUCUCAUGACAGACAGGCCUGCCCUCCUCGCAGAAUGGCUCAAGAACGAAGGAAUGGACGACUCCGCCCUCGAAGGAGAAUGCAAGGAAUUAUAG